UGUUGCAUAAUUUGGAUAUAGUUUGGAUAUUGUCCAAUAAGAAAUAGCCCAAUAAGUCCCAUAAUACAUGGUUUUGGCAGUUGUGGUUAAACUUUUAACAACCCCUAGAUAGCCUUAUAAUCAUGUAACUUGCAAGUCAUACGCAUUCAUUAUACCAAAUUACAAACAAAUUACAAUUAGGCUUUUGAGCAACACGUUUUUCUAAACAUGCUGAUAAACACACGGCUUUGGAUGGACUUGUGAGCGUGGCUGUUUCCAGAGGAACGAGGCACAAUUUUCUUCAGGUUGUGCAUGAUGACUGUGACAGGACACACAUUUCACUCCUACGUGAGACGGUGAGUUGAAGCAGCUACUGACACUGUGUUCGGAGCCAUUGAGUGUUUCCUUGCGGGGCCAGUGCGCAUGUCUGAGGGGGAGAGUUCUGUUCUUUCACUGCUCCAUCCGGGAACUUUAGAAUUAGCAUUGACAGCCGAAGCGCAACUUUUCCCUGGGCAAAGUGAAAUCAAGCCGCGGACAAAAUAUAGUCCCCCUUUUUCAAGUCAAAAUUAUCAAAAGAAAAGGUACACGACGUUUUUGUCGGACACGUCGGCGUUAAGACACGUUUGGGAUGGAAGUAACCGAGCGCCGACGCCUUUCCGCCGUGUUUACAGCACUUUUUCCACGGGCGUAAAGUGGGUGAUGAGUCCUACCCUGUAAAGAAGCGAGAACUUGCUUUGCAGCCCGAGUAGUUCUUCUUUCAAUUGUUAUUGCCGCUUUAAAAAAAUCUUUAAUUCACUUUAACUUCGUCUCGGUCGCGUCGAAAGUGGGAAAAAGUGCUUUCGAAGUGGGAAGAUGGAACUGCAAGGCCUGCAAGAGGCGCUGAAAGUAGAAAUCCAAUGUCAUCAGAAGCUGGCAGUAAGAAGUUGUCCUGUAGGAGCGACCAAGCCCCUCUCACUUAUCAAGCCUCCCAGCCAGAGCAUAGCCAUCUCUGUGGUGCCGGCAAAGGCUCCCGUUUCCAUGGUGACUGCACACAUUAACGGACAAAAGGCGGUGAGCUCGGAGGCAUUGCAGACAUCCCCCAUCAACCUCCAAACUGCCAGCCGAGUGGUGGGGAGUGGAGUCCACUCCUUAAGCAGGAGGCCCAGCGAGGUGCCGCACUCUCAGAUGCUGGGAACUCUCACAGCAAUGCCCAUAAAGGUGCCUCAAGUCAGCUCCCUGCAGAGGCUGACAGGACAAGCACCCAACAUGCUACCUCAGGUCAGGCCAAAGACCCAGAUCCCAGACAGCCUUCCCCAUAGCCCAUGUCAGGAGCUGCAACCCCUGAGUCUGCAGAAGGCCACCGCCGUAGUCAGCCCCAAGAGUCAGGGUCCCGCCCUGCCCACCGCCAACAGCACCUUCAGCCCCGAGCACCAGCCCAGCAGCCAGGGAGACAGCUCUCCAUCAGCCCUGUCCCAAGUCCAGAGCCUCUCCAGGGGGCUGGCUGCCAACAGUGCCAACCAGCAAGGCAGCUCGGCAGGGCCUGGCGUAGCAUAUGCCAUCAUUGCCACCUCACCCACCACAGGCAAUGGUGUGUCAGCUGUCAGUGAGGCCGUCAAGGUGCAGCCGCUGCUCUUCAGUGCAGACAACAAGGUAAUAAUAAUUCAACCCCAGGCCCCCAGCAGUUCCCAGGAUUCCCCGGGGAGCCCGGCUGACGUGCCGUCACAGGAGGCUACGCCAGCCCCAUCUGCCCUUGCAGAGAAGAAGGACGAGGACCCUGAGAAAAUUGCCUUCAUGGUCGCCCUCGGCUUGGUCACCACAGAGCACCUGGAAGAGAUCCAGACCAAGAGGCAGGAGAGGAAGCGACGGAGCACAGCCAACCCUGCCUACAGCGGGCUGUUUGAAGCAGAACGCAAACGCCUUGCAUCCAAUUACCUGAACAACCCGCUGUUCCUCUCAGCUCGAGACACUGAGGAUCUCUGCUGGAAGGAGGACUCGGAGCAUGAUGACCGUUGUGCCAACUGUAAGGAGGAAGGCGAGCUCCAGCUGUGUCACAACUGUACCAACGCCUACCACCCCAAUUGUCUCCAACCUCCUCUUAAAACCCCACCCAGAGGGGUAUGGUAUUGCCCCAAGUGCCAGAAGAAGGUUCUGAACAAGGAGAACAUGUCAUGGCCACAGAACUUCAUACAGUCCUACGUCACACACAAGACAGUGAGACAGGAGGAGAAGAGACGACUGUUGAGAAGAAACACCGAGCUGAAGAACGAGUGUGCCCAACUGGAAGAGCAGGACAACAGACUCAAUAAGACCCUCACACAAUGCAUGGAUCUCAGAGACCGCCUACUGGGACAGCAGAAAGAGACCCAGGCGUCUCUGGAUCGUCUCAAAGCCCUGAUCAGGCUGAUCCAGCGUGACCAAAUGAUUCAGGUCACCAUGACAGCCACAACCACCACAGCCGCCCCCAUGCUCUCCCUACCCUGGAUCAAAACCACCAGCACCACCACUGCCACACCACCCCCCGCAGGACCUUCCAUGCUUCUGCAGAAGAGCCAGCCCCAAACACAGGGCAAUAAUUAAUGCGGGCAAUGACUGGCGCAACGGUUUUUUUUGUGGGGUGGUGGUGGGGGGCAGCAUCUCGGCUGAGUGGCUGCUCGCUGAGCCUUCUGCUGGCCACCUCACCUGAAUAUAGAGGGCAACAAUUUUCUUUUUCUAAGAUACCAUUGAAAUCAUUGAAUAAUAUCUAACCAGUUUUUCAAUAGCUGUUGUUGGAAGGAAAACAAGAAGAACCUGAGAGAGCCUAUAUCCUACACACAAGUCAUGACAAGUAUUUUUUAAACCCGACACCUACAGUGCUUAUGAGAUUUCUUUUUUAUUUAUUUUCUAUUUAUUAAUGUUCUUGGCCUUAAUGUAUUUAUUACAACAACAACAACAACAACAAAAAGUUAGAUUACAGUGCUGCCACAGAACUAUGGAACAAGUAUUCCUGAGUGGUCCAAAAUAUAUUUUCUGUUUUUUUUCUUUCUAAACGGUAUAAUUAUUGUUCUGCAUAUAGUGGGAGAGAACAUUAGAGUAGUUGUAGUUUCAAAUUAACAAUGGAGUAAUAAAAGUGAAAAAAGAAGUGUACAUUGCUACUAUAUCUGACUAGAUGUUUGUUCUCGUUCUGCUAUGAACAAUGUUUGCCAUACUAAUUCAGGUGAUGAAGGGUGACGGGGAGCGUUUCCAUUGUGUCUGUACGUAAGAGCGUACGAGCCUUCAAACAAGAGCAGAGAAUACAGUUUUUCAGUAUUAAUAGAGUUAAAAGUCAGAGAAAAAAGUAUUUAAGAUGAUAACAGAAAUUAGCAUUUUUAGUGGAGAUUUUAGUAUUUUCAUGCCGAUGCCUGUUGAUAAAUUUGUAAGUACGUUGAUAAGUUUGGAGUAUUCAAAGGGAUCCUUGUACAUAUGUGUAUUAUUGCAGGUCUUUCCGUUUUGGUUCUUUUCUGGAGUCACACAUCUUAACCCCCAAGAUGUUCCUUUUUCACCGUCGCACCACAAACGUGGGACGCUUGAAGGACCACCCGAGUCACAUGCACGUGCGACGCAUCCAUGUAACCCCUCUACCAGUAUAGAAAAUAUGCCAAAAAAACUUUGUGUUUUUGUACUGGGAACACCCAUCUAUCAACCUCUUUGUUGCUUUACCCAGUCUGUUGUACAUCUUUUACCCCGUCUGUUGUACAUCUUUUUUCUUUUUCUAAUUGGUUACAUUUUUGAUGAAUGACUUUUUAACGAUGGCGAGUCUGUUGGCUAGUCAGUACAAAUGGACACUGCCUCAAGUACAAGUAGUUGAAUCAAAAAGAGUUUUUCUUCGUCACAUCAUUUUGUAGACACCAGUCACCGACACACAGAACCGGUCCACCUGCUGCAGGCUGCAGACUGGUGGGCCGGGAGGACCGAGGGGCGCAGGACCGGGCGCAGGACCCGUCUCAGUCUGCCUGGCCUGUUCUCGGAGCGUCCAACUGGGAGGACGCCCUCUUUUUGCCCCUGUCCCGCUUUAUAAAAGCUAGUCUUCCUGCUAGUCCACUGACACUCCUACAAGUGUCUGUGGAAACACAUUCGCUGAUGAUAGUCAACUUAAACCAUCGCACUUAAUCUGUUAUCACACGAGCUGGGGAGCAAACCCCCUCCGAGUCUCUGAACCCAAAACAUGCACAAACGUGAACAAAAGUGAAAUCACUUCAGAUAAAAAUGCCUUUAUCAAAAGUAAUAAUGUUUUGGUGACUGUCACCACCGCUGUAACUUCCACUCGUGCCGUCCGUGGAGCGGCACCGUGACACGACGACACCAUCACACAGUUCGACCAGCUGAGGGGUGCUGUGUUUCUCAUAUCAGAGUUGCCUGCGUUUGGUUGAUUCCUUUGUUGAAAAUACAUUUUAGUUUUGUGGACUUAUAAAUGCCAAAAUGGCAAAGAGUUGCGCCAUAUCGGCACGGCUGGAUGUUGGAAAGUGUGGCACUGAAAACCUUUAAUAACAACCAGUAAUAUCUUGAACUCUUCCUUAAUGAAGUGGAUCUUAAAUUUAUUUCUCUUAGUUUGGUAGAGCGAUCGGUCUCCCUUCCCGACACCAACCAAAACACCUCCGAGAGGACACGAUGGCAAAUACUGCAAAGCUCCAAGCUUCAAUAGCUCGUACGACUGUCUCUAAUGCUCCAGUUCAAACCCAGCACCCAGCCGAGGUCUGCACGAGCCUCAGACUGCGUGCAUUAUGUGCAAGAUAAAGCCACGCAUCAAUGUUCCAGUAUGUUUGCCUUUUUAAACAUAUAAAAAUGGCCUGGUGAUCAUGGAAUGGGAACUAAUUGGAAGUAAAGUUUGCCACAUUGAGUCGGCACCAAGCCAGAAACGUUUUAUUUUGGCUCUGGGCAAAAAGCCUUCCCAGCCGACACCAAAAACAAGGGCCCGCAUGCAGCUCCUGACACCAGGACGCAGCUGAAUAAUGCAUAUCAUGCAGCCGGAGGAGUCUGCACAGAGUCCAGGCCCAGCAGAAUGGAAUAGGUUUCCAGGAUGAGGUGGAUAAGAGAUCAUAUCAGUGCUCCAUGUUGCAUCCCUGGUACCCCACCCAUCCCCAUCCACAUCCCCGAGACAUUAACACACUGAGGUGCAGCCUAUCUUCAUUCAUUUCCAGAAUCAUCUCCGGGUGAAACUGUGCAGUGCUUGCUGAAACAGCUCUAUUUUAAUACACAAUGACAAAACAUUUGAACAAAUGAAGUUAAAACAUUUUUUAUAUUUUAUCAAGGAACAAAUAAAAAAAAACAUUGGAAUUUUCUAUUGUUUGCCAGUUAUGCAUUCUUACUUGGCUUGCAAAUGUUCAGUGUGUUCUUUUGCCAUGAGGAGACGGAGGAGGCGACACAAGGCUUUUUAGAUGGAAAUGUCUGUUGGCUGUUGAAGUAGAGACUUUAUUUUUUCUUUGUCAUUAAUAAGGGGACUGUCCAGUGGAUUGUGUGUAUAGGAAAGUGUUUGUCUUAAAUAUGCCAAUGUAGUUUUUCUUUCUGAUGCAUUAAAAGUUGAUUGAUGGAAGUUGGUAAAUGGUAAAGAGUAGUCUCACUUUUUUUGUACCAAGUUCUUAUGAAAAAUUGAAUCAUUAAUAAACAAAAGUGAAGAACAUGCAUCUCAUCAACGUGUUUUUCAUACAGACGUACAACAUCCUGCCAU